AUGGCGAAGGACGAAAGGCACUCGUCAGCCUCGGGCUCAAGCUCUGCUUCAUCUUCAUCGUCGUCUGCUUCCUCCUCUUCUUCUUCUUCUUCUUCCUCCUCGACCUCGACUUACUCUGCUAAACCCCUUCCUACCUCUUCUCAACCAGUGAACAAUUGGCUUGAACAACCGGACCCACGAACACCUCAUACGCGUGCUCGUAUUCCCAUCCACAAGUCACUCGGAGACUAUCCCUUGAUCGACAUUGAUCCUCAUGUUGGAAGAGUCAUACGGUACAUGCGGGCCAGUGAUUGGGCUGGAAUGUUGGGAAUGACGACUUUGGCGCCGUUCUUGUAUUUGUCUUAUAACCGAUGGGACACGACCUCCCGAUUCGAAGUCAAGACCGUCCGAAGUGCUAUCCGAGUGAACGCUCUCUUUGGAUUCUUCGUCGGAUUCUCGCUGGCAUACAUGGAGUCCAGCAAACGAUUCUGGGGCGCAUCUGAAAACUCUCGAGAAGUCAAGAAGGACUUUGCAGAACUCUCCAAUCGGGCUCAAAAGGGUCUACCGAUCUAUGGAUCAAGCUCUUUAUCUCCCUAUAUGCAAGCCGUGGCAGCUAGGAACUCUACCUUUAGUCAAUUCAUGAUGGUCGCGUUGCCCUGGUUCAAUGUUGUCAACCAUCCUUAUCACGGUGUGGAGACUGCAAAGUAUUACCGUGGUGUCGCCUCGACUCAGGAGUCAUAG